AUGGCUGAGUUUGGGGAUCUUUUAUGUGCUCUGGGGGAGUGUGGGCUCUAUCAGAAACUGCUGAUCCUGCUCCUCUCCCUCCCGCUACUUCUCAAUCCUUUCCAAAUGGUUGGCCAAGUGUUCAUGGUUGUGGAAGUGCCUCACCACUGUGACACCAGCUGGAUCCGCGCCGUGGGCCCCAACCUGACGGAGGAAGAGCAGCUGAACCUCACCCUGCCCCGCGGCGCGGACGGGGAGUUCCAGCAGUGCUCCAUGUUCUCCCCGGUGGACUGGGAGCUCGAUGCCAUCCUGGCCUACGGACUGAACGACACGCAGAAGUGCAGCAGUGGCUGGGUGUACCCCUCAGAACAGCCACCCUCCCUGCUGACCGAGUUUGACCUGGUGUGUGACAGGGCAGUCCUGAAUGAUGUCUCCCAGUCCAUCUACAUGGCUGGGCUUCUCAUUGGAGCCAUGAUCUUUGGGAUGCUAAGUGACAGGAUAGGCAGGCGUCCAGUCUUUCUCAUCUCCAUCCUCAUCCAGGGGGUAUUUGGCCUGGGAAUUGCCUUUGUGCCCCAUUUCUAUGUGUUCAUGGCCUUCAGGUGUGUCGUGGGAGCUGCAUUGUCAGGAAUUAUGAUUACAGUUGUAUCCCUGGCUACAGAAUGGGUUGGUAUCUCCUACCGGACAAAGGCACUGUUGAUUACUCACACGGCUUUCGCCAUCGGGCAGAUGUUGGUGGCUGCCUUAAGUUAUGGAAUUCGCAACUGGAGGCUGCUGGAGAUUGCAGGAUCUGCUCCUAUGUUUGCCCUUGUCUUCUACAUCUGGGUGCUCCCAGAGUCAGCUCGCUGGCUGGUGACCAAGGGCAGGAUCGAGGAAGCCAAGAAGGUGCUGCAGAAGGCGGCCGCCACCAACAAGCGCAGCCUCCCCCCAGAGCUCCUGGAGCAGUUGAAGCCUGAGAAAGAGGUCAAGUCUGGAAGUUUCCUGGAUCUCUUUAGGAAGAAGCACAUGCGGAACGUGACUUUAAUCAUGUCGUGUGCCUGGUUUGCAGACAGCAUUGUCUACUAUGGGCUGAGCCUCAGCGUGACAGAUUUUGGUCUGGACAUCUACCUGACACAGCUGGCCUUUGGGGCAGUGGAGCUUCCAGCUCGAAUUUCCUGCAUUUUCCUGCUGGAGUGGUUUGGGAGGAAGAAAGUGCAGGGCAUUCUCCUGCUGCUGGCUGGCCUGAUAUGUCUCAUCCUCACUGGCAUCCCUGAAGACCAGCCCGUGGUAAUCACCGUCCUGGCCAUCAUCGGCAAGUUCACAGCCACGGCCGCUUUCUCCACCUCCUACGUCUACGCCGCUGAGCUCUUCCCCACCAUCCUCAGGCAGACGGGCGUGGGGCUGUGCUCCACCAUGGCGAGGGUGGCCGGGAUCCUGGCCCCGCUGAUCAUUCCCCUGGACCAGUACCACCGGGCCAUCCCCAAAGCCAUCUUUGGGAGCAUCCCUGUGGUGGUGGCCCUGUUCUGCAUCCUGCUGCCCGAGACCCGCGGCAUUGACCUGGCAGAUGACACAGGGAACGAACAACCUCUAGAUGAGGUGGGUACAAGGAACUCUGAACUUCAGGAAAAAAUUCUCACGAGUACAGGCUUCUUAUUUUCACAGGUGUCGGAUGGUUCUCACGGGUAA